AUGAGAGGCACGCGAUCCUCGAAACCUGCCGCGGCCGACGCCCCCAAAGACGCCCCAGGCUCAAAGUCGAAAUACGCCGUGUCGUCGAAAACAGGAGAGCCUUCCAAGCUUUUUAUCCUGCCCCGUUCAGCCACAGCAGACGCACGAAUCGUCUCCCUCCCACACCCCCGAAGUGGACUGCCGUCGCGAUAUCUAGUCUGUCCUGAGACGGGCCUCUACGAAUUCACGAAAGUCGCAGCUCCGAAGACGGCGCCACGCAGCUGGCUUAUUGCAUCCGUCAACACCGACAAGGAGAAGCAGAGCAGAAUUGACAGCGCAGAGACGGCUGCCAGCGCAGAUCUGUUUGUGGCGACGCAUGCCGACCCUCUGUUUCUACUACUCCCUGCAUUAAUAGAUGCCAAGGCAACCAGGCCCUCAACAGAGCAGAAACGCCUAUUUCUCUCCUUCGAAGACUACGUUGACAAGCUGCCGGAAAAGUCGUCAAAUUUGUGGGAAAUUGCGCGAUGGCCGAAGACGAAGGCGCUCUUGGAAUCCAGACUGGCUGCGAUAUGCGAUACUGUGGACGCCGGAGACGAGUCCAUGUUCCGGGUUAGCGAGGAGAAGCUGUUCUCUGUAAUACUUUCCAAGGCUACGCGUCUCGCUUCGGGAGGGUUGCCUGCCAGUGUCGAGGAGAAGUUUGUGCAGAAGGCUCUAGAGGCGCCCAUCCUGCUGCGCAGUUUGAGCAGCGUCGCUGGCCCGGCCGCGGGUGUCGCUGCGACCCUCGAAGGUGCAGAGUCUGGAGCUUCCACACCAAAGACGGAGUCCGCGGAGUCUCAAUCCAGUGCCGCAACUGACGGUUCGACCUUGAGCGCGGUUUCACAACCUUCUACCGCGGCGUCCUCGUUUUCAGAAGACGAUGUCGCCGUGACGACCGCCAUGACGGCGUCGCCCGAAGUCGUCCAGCUGCAGCGCCUUCGUGUCGCAUUUAAUUUCAUCUGUGCCAGCUACAUCCCACAGACUAUCGCCGAACAGCUGAAGCAAUCGCUCAGCAACAACGCGGCAUGCAAGACGGACUUUGAGCCGCUUGACGCAUACAUGACCGAGCUCGAGAAGCUACGCAAGGAGACCAUGGCGACUCGCCCGACUGGCGACUUUUCGAGAAAACGCGUGCGAGAUGAGGAGGAGGACGAAGCACGGCUGGAAAAGAAGAGGAAGAUGGAGGAGGAUAAGAAGCGCAAGGCGACUGAAAGCCGAGGCGUAAGAGACUUGAAAAAGGUCAACACGACGGGAAUGAAGAAGCUCAGUGCGUUUUUCACGAAAAAAUAA